AUGAGGCGGGAACCAUGUUUUUUGUGCAAGGACAAGUUUUGAGAUUGUUCCCUUGAGACAAGCUUGAAGCAACUGAGACUUAAAUAGGAUCCUGAGAGAGAUGGUAUCAGUGAAAUAUCAUCUCAGUUGGUGCUCACCAUAAACCAAGCCAUUCCAUUGGACAGGGAGACCUACCAAUGUUGUGCCAGAAACCAGAAGCUGGAUAUCCACCUUCAGGGCCAUUUUUUAAUGGUACUGAAACACAGAGGACACCCUGAGUUUGGCCACAGUAAAUGUGUUCUCAGCUCAGGCUUCCUGAAAGAAAUCUGGAUGAUGCUGUUCACCAGCCUGGUGACCCUUCAAGCUUUGUAA